AGAGACGAUUCUUCUGUUUGUAGCCAUGAUGAUUUACGUGGUUUGCUACCUUUGAGUGUAGUGAGUGGUGAUGGCCGAAUUGUCCGUGGUGAAGAAUGGGAACAGCAGGCGCGUGCGCGUCACGACUCCGCAUUCAAUUCAGCGAGAGAGUGAAGCAAUUGUCAAUUGUAGCGUCUCACUUGCCACUUUUCCUAGCUAUUGUGCUUUGAUGUUUGACUAAGCCGCUUUCGACCAUCACUAUCUCAUACGAGGUCCCUUCUGGUGGAGAGUGUCUGGACGCUGGCGAUUGGUCUUGUGGCAUCGUCGACACGGCAGUAAACGGAAACUUUUUUCACCCUCUCGGAGCAUCAUCCUCCCCACAAGGCAGGCACCAUGGAUAGCGACCCGAUCGCGAGCAGCCCCGUCAAGAGGCAGAAGACUGCUGGCGGCUUCCGCCCUGCUGGCCGUCGCCCGCAGAGCCAGUCCCAGACGAGCGCUUCGGCAUCCAUCCCGACGCAGAUGCUCCCUCGACCUGCGCCGCAGGCCAGUCUGACCUUUGCUAACCUCAUGGCCGAUUUGACCGCCGACUCACAACCCUCGCAACCCUUCCUCACCCAGCCGACCCAACCCCUCCCCAACGCUCACAAACGCUCACACUCGUCUACUCCCACCGUCCAAGUCGCUCGCAGCUCGCCCGCCCCUGUACCCGAGUCUCCUCUGCCACAAUCCAGACCUCGCCCGGAAACUGCCUUUGGCUCUCGCUUUGCUCCUCCUGGCACCACUUUCAGACGUCCUCCAGGCAUUCAGCAACCUUCCCGACCCGUCCCGGUCAUUAACAUUGACGACGAUGACGACUUUGUGGAUCCCCCGGUUGAUCGCAGCUCCGAUUCAGAAGGCCCCGCUACACAAUCCGCCAUAGUCCCUACUGCUUUCACAAAAGGUGGAAGAAACCUGGAUUCCUCUCCCAACCGCAUCAAUGAUAGCCCCAAGUCGUCGGCAGAAAAGUUCAAGUCUUUCACUUCAGCCUUUGCCUAUAACGGCGGUGGUAUGGAGAGUUCAUAUGGCGGUGUUUCAAGGAACAAGCCCCAGCAACGUCAGCCUGGCCCUUCGCGUGCUCAGCCUGUACAAGACAUGUCUAUCAAUGAUAUCUUCGAUGUGGGUUAUCAGAAAAAGGUGGAGCGCAUGAUGACCGUCUUACCCGGAAGAUCCAUCUACGUCCUCAACAAGGCCUUGGAGGACAAGAAGGGCAACUUUGAUGAUGCCGUUGACUUCAUCAUCCGCGCCGAGGAGAACAACGAUGCCAUGGAUGUUGUCGACCUUACUAGCUCGGACAUUGAGAGCAACGCUGCAAAGCCCAGUGCACAGCCUAGACCCGCCGCCAAACAGCAAGUCAAAGCACCCAUGCGAACCAUUGCCGACAAGUACUCGUCCAAGCCCAAGCCGACUGCCACUAGCACCACCGCCUCUACCCCUGAUGCGACAAAGCCCAGAAGACGCCUGAUGCAAGGCCGCAGGAACCCCGUGUCGCCCGUUGGCUCUCCAUCUCCUACCAAGCCUGUCGAAGCUGCACCGAAGAAGCGCCCUGUCAUCGUCGACUCGGACGAUUCUGACGCCGAGUCCGGCAGAGAGUCCUCAGAAGAAGACACGAGCGAUUUCGAUGGUCGCCUGCUCAAGUUUUUCAACACGUGUAGUGCUCAGGAUCUGGCAGACAUGUCCAACGAGAAGCUGGAGAUUGCCGAACUCAUCUUGUCACAGAAGCCUUUCCGUAGUCUGAACACCAUCCGAAACAUAUCUGAUGCCGCGCCUUUAAAGUCGGGCAAGAGGUCCGCAAAGAAAGCCAUUGGCGACAAGGUCAUGGAUGUGUGCGAAGUCAUGUUCAGAGGAUACGAAGCCGUUGACGAGCUGGUUGAAAAAUGUGAUAGUCUCGGCAAACCCAUCGCCGACACGAUGAAACAAUGGGGUAUCGACUUCGCCGCUGCCACCAAGGACGGCGAACUGGCUCUCACCUCAUUAGAGGAUAUAUCACACGACUCUGGUAUGGGCACUCCCGCCAGCUCCACUGGUGUGCUGGAUGAUGACGAUGACGAUGACGAUAUAGUCAAGUCAAAGUCGAGCAGACCGAGCAAGAUCAAGAAGAACAUCUUCCUCAAGCAGCCGUCCAUCAUGAGCACAGAUCUGGUUAUGAAGGACUAUCAGCUGUUCGGUUUGAAUUGGCUCAAUCUGCUCUGGUCAAAAAAGCUGAGCUGUAUCUUGGCUGACGACAUGGGCUUGGGAAAGACAUGUCAAGUCAUCGCCUUCCUCGCUCACCUUAAGCAGACAGGGGUCAAAGGUGUGCAUCUCGUCGUGGUCCCCGGAUCAACAUUAGAGAACUGGAUCCGAGAGUUGAACAGAUUCUGUCCUGCCCUCAAUGUUGCUCCCUACUAUGGCUCACAAGCGGAAAGAGAGGAGCAACGUUACGACUACGGCAGCCGCCUCGACGAAAUCGAUGUUAUUGUUACAACAUACGAAACUGCUGUCGGAAAGUACGACACAGAAUUUCUGCGCAAGACUGUACGUCCUACUGUAUGUGUUUUCGACGAAGGCCACGCCUUGAAGAACAGUCAGUCCAAGAGACAUCAACAGCUCAUGCGUAUCCCUGCCGUGUUCCGCCUUCUCUUAACUGGUACACCUCUGCAGAACAACCUGCAAGAGCUCGCUUCUUUGCUUUCGUUCAUCCUACCCAGUCUGUUCAACUCGCGAAGGGAGGAUCUCGACAGCAUUUUCAAGUUCAAGGCCACUACCAAGGAUGCCGAUCAUGCAGCUUUGUUAUCUGCUCAACGAAUUGCACGUGCUCGUUCAAUGAUGACACCAUUCAUCCUUCGCAGAAAGAAGCAGCAGGUUCUAAAGCACCUGCCCGCAAAGCACCGCCGUGUUGAAUACUGUGACAUGAUACCUGAGCAGCGCGUUGUGUACAAUGAGAUGGUCAAGCAAGCAAUGGACGCCCGCGCACAGACCAAGAAGGGUGCAACUAAAAGUGCCAAGACUGCUCAAGAGAUGACUGCCUUGCGAUUCGCCGCCCUGCAUCCUUUGUUGCUGAGACGCAAGUACAGUGACAAGGAGCUGGAGAAGUUGGCUAAAGCUCUCGGACGAUCAGAUGUGUAUGGGGAUAACAAACCGGAACUCAUCUGGAGAAUGCUUACCGAGCAGACCAAGGGCGGUGACUUUGGCAUGCACCGUUUCUGUCUUGAACUUGACUUCUUAAACAAGUACGCUCUGCGUGACAGUGAAUGGAUGAAUAGCGGAAAGGUCAACAAGUUGAAGGAGUUGCUGGAGGCGUACAUCAAAAACGGCGAUCGCGUCCUCAUCUUUUCCCAAUUCACGACAAUGAUGGAUAUUUUGGAAGCUGUUCUCGAGACACUAUCGAUCAAGUUCAUGCGUCUCGAUGGUAGUACUCGCAUGGAUACUCGUCAGGAUAUCAUCGAUCACUUCACAGCAGACACAUCAAUCCCUGUGUUCAUGCUCAGUACUAAGGCCGGUGGUGCGGGUAUCAACUUGGCUUGUGCCAACAAGGUCAUCAUCCUGGACUCUGGCUUCAACCCGCAAGAUGACAUUCAAGCCGAGAAUCGCGCCCAUCGUGUUGGUCAAACUCGCGAUGUUGAAGUUGUCCGUCUCAUCACCCGCGGUACCAUCGAAGAACAGAUUCACGCUCUCGGAGAAUCAAAGCUUGCCCUCGACGAUCGUGUUGCAGGUGCUGCCGAAGACACAGCUUCCGAAAAGAAGCUCGAGGCCGACGCGGCAUUCGCCGUCGAAGACAUGUUCUUCAAGCAGUUGGAAGAGGAAAAGGAGGGCAAGCACCCAAAGGUGGAAGACAAAGACGCCGUUGACACUAUGGACACUACGACAGACGACACUGCUUCCGUGAAGACUAAGGAUCUCAGCGACGAGUUCAGAAACGGACUCAAAGACGCCGGCCUCGAUGUCAAGGAAGAGCAGGAUAUGAAGAAGGAAGCCGACGUCAAGGAAGAAGCCGAUGUCAAGGACGAUGUUGACGUGAAGAUGGAAUGACGGAAUGAUCAAAAGUGCAUGCAUGACUGCAUUUAAACCAAAACAUACGGUGUUGGUUUCGGGGUGUUUUCUUUCGUGUUUUCUCUUUUUGCUCUUGGACCCAAAAGACAUAUACUGUCUAGAAAGAGACAGAUCAUGAUGGUUUGUAGACCUCUUCUUUUUUUUUGGCGCUUGUUCAGCGCAUGGCAUGCAAAUUGCCCGGACGAGGAGCAUAAUGGGCGAAUAGAACGCUAGACAAAAUCCUCUUUCACAAGAUUCACCAUGAAGAGGUGGUAAAACCUCCAGUAUCCAGAAAUGAAGCGGUUUUUUUAACUAUC